GGAAAAGCUUAUUCAAUUUUAUAAAACACCGAAAUCUGAAGUGCCCCUAACAGACAAGACACAAAGUUGCAAAAUUCCCCCAUUCUCACAAGCAGCGGAUUUUAUUGGCUGGAGAAAUUGAGGUAAACAAAGCUUCAAAAAUUAUUGCAAAAUGAUAUCAAAUUCAUCUGAUUUCCGAUGUCUAGUUUGGAACCCGAUUUAGGGUUCUGAUCGGUUCCUAGCUAGCUAAUUUUGCCCGGAUUGAAUACUCCAGUUUUUGAUUAGGGUCUAAAUCUAAAGAUUAUUGAGGAAAAGCGGUCAAUAUUUUUUCCAAUUGAUUCAGUUCCAUCGGGCAGGUUGAUUAUAAUCAGUAUUCGAAUGUAUUGUUUGAUGCUUCUUAUUCCAUUUUAUUAGGACUUUCUUAGCUUUUUUGUUUGGUUUGACGUGUUUUUCCUCUUUGUUUUAGAGUUUCGGAUGGUUUUGGUCUAUUGAUGGGUCAAUAAGCUGUUCUGGGACUAAGUUUUGGGGGAUAAAGAAGCUCUUUUUGUCGCGGAUGAUAAAAGCUUUGGGGUUGACUUAAGAAAUUUUGAGGGUUCUGAUAUUUUUGUUUUCUGUUGUCUACUUUUGGUGGUGGGCUUAUUAUGGUUUGGGGCUAAUUAAACUGAUACGUUAGAAGAAAGUCCUAUGGGCAUAUGUCAAACAACUUGUUUAAUUGUUUCUUGCCUUUUUGGAUUAUUGAUGUGAAUGCGGUUGUUUCUUUAUGGUUCUGCAUAACGAGUGAUGCUGUUGUUACUACAACAUGUGGCUUCUAGAGGCAGUGCCCCCUAAAAAAGCUUUAUUACGGGAUGUACAAUCUGUUUUCUCUUUUAGAGAAAUCAGUGUAUGUAGGUGUGCUUAUCCUGUAGGAGUUUACUGUGUAGCUGGUGGAUAAAUAUUUUUGUGCUGCGUUAUUUGUUUCCAGAGUGAUGAACCAUCUCAGUGUCGAGGUUGCGUUGAUAGUGUGUGUGAUAUUGCAUGAUUGUUAUAUAUGACUUAUGGUGAUGAUCCAUUUCGUUCUCUAAAUACCUUGUAAGCAUUACUUGUCAAGCAGUUGGUCUUCUAAAACAGCGGCAAAGAAACCUGGCUUUUAGCUAAUGGAGAAGGCAAAAGAAAGUAGUUUAUUUGUUAAUGAUGGGUCAUUCAUGGAGAGGUUUAAACAGCUUCAACAAGAGGAGCAAAAGGAAAAAGAGAAAAAUGCUUCUGUUGAACAAGUUAAAUCAGGGCCUAGCAAAAUUGGGAAUUCAACACCGAAGCUUGUUAUUGGAAAACCAAUUGUGUCAAUCAAGGCAAAUGGUUCUCAGAGAACAUCUCAAACUGGUUCAAGUGGUAAACUCGCAUUCAGCUUGAAACAGAAAUCAAGACUUGUGGCUCCUCAAGUGAAGUUUGAUGAAGAUGAGGAUGAAGAAGGCAAGGAAGCUGAAAAUUCACCGCCUGAUAUGCCUUCAAAGCGGCAAAAGUUAGAUGCAACUGAAGCUUCUCAGCAAUCAGCAAGACAAGUUGAUGUUGCACCUCCUUCCCCAAGUGAUCCUACAGUGAAGAAAGUUGCAGACAAAUUGGCAAGUUUUGUUGCCAAGAAUGGAAGGCAGUUUGAACAUAUUACCCGUCAAAAGAAUCCUGGUGACACGCCCUUUAAGUUUUUGUUUGAUCAGAGCUGUUCUGACUACAAGUACUAUGAAUAUCAGCUUAAUGAAGAGGAAAAGGCACUGUCGCAAGUCAGGGAUACAGAAAAGCUCCAGAGUGUUAACCCUACAAGUGCCAAUCCUAGUGGAACUCGUGGUUCUCAAAGGUCAUACCAAAAUCAUUCAAAAUACCAAAUUCCUGCCUCAGCUUUGUAUGAAACAGAAGAAAUUGCAAGAGCAUCUACAUCAGUAAAGGCCUCAUCAGCUGAAAGAUCAGGUGACUCUGUUGCGCCAACUGAUCCUAUUGCUAUGAUGGAAUAUUAUAUGAAGAAGGCUGCACAGGAAGAAAAGUUGCGGCCGCCUAAAGCAUCGAAGGAUGAGAUGCCUCCUCCGGCUUCACUUCAAGCUUCUGGGAAAAAAGGACAUCACAUGGGUGAUUAUAUUCCUCAGGAAGAACUUGAUAAGUUCAUGGCUUCUUGCAAUGAUGCUGCCGCACAAAAAGCUGCUAAGGAAGCUGCAGAUAAGGCAAAAAUUCAGGCUGAUAAUAUUGGACACAAACUUCUGUCAAAAAUGGGUUGGAAAGAAGGUGAGGGCCUUGGGAGUUCCAGAAGUGGUAUUGCCGAUCCAAUAGCUGCUGGUGGUGUGAAAAAAGAUAACCUGGGGGUUGGUGCUCACCAACCUGGAGAAGUUACUGCUGAAGAUGAUAUUUAUGAGCAGUAUAAGAAACGGAUGAUGCUAGGAUAUCGCUAUAGGCCAAACCCGUUGAACAAUCCUCGCAAAGCAUAUUAUUGAGGAAUUCUUUUCAAGUGCCUCUACUUCAUGGAUUUUUUAGAAUCACUUGAACUCUUUGUAUGUAUUGAAGCAACUAGAAUCUGUGUUUUUGCUUUUCAGGCUGAAAUAUGGUAAACUGUAUCUAAAUUUUCCUUUGUCAAAUACUGAUUUGUUUGUUGACAUUCUUUCUAAUUAUAUGUAUCAAUGUAAUUUGGGUUUGAUGCUUUGUUAGAGGUUUUGCAUUUCAUGUUGAUGGUUCUUCUAGGGAAUACGGAGGUCAGUUGGUACUUUGUACUUCGUAGCAGGUUCGCUGCGAAGAUGAACUAAGACGGUGACCAAAGAUACCCCAGGGUGCACAUCUAAACUUGGAAAUAAUAAUAAUACGUAAUAUAUUGUACGGGGAAACUAAAAAACAAAUCGCUAUAAAAUUUAACUUUUUUACUUUUUUUUAUUACUAUCUAUAUUCUAAAAAAAAUUAUACAAUAUAUGGAUACAAAUAUUCAUUUAUCACGGAGAUUAUUCUUUUGGAAUAUUAUUUUUUG